CCUUUUUCCCAUUUUCAAUCAGAGUAACAUUUAGAUUUCCGCUCUCUCGAUUUUUUUGUUCUUUAUGCUUUUGGGGUUAGGGUUACUCACACCGUUUGUGAGAGAAUCGUAGAAAACCAUGGCGUCAACUUCGAAGAAGAUAAUGUUGAAGAGCUCCGACGGAGAGACUUUCGAGGUGGAGGAAGCAGUGGCGGUGGAGUCGCAGACGAUCAAGCACAUGAUUGAGGAUGAUUGCGCCGACAACGAGAUCCCUCUCCCCAACGUCACCAGCAAGAUCUUAUCCAAGGUCCUUGAGUACUGCAAGAAGCACGUCGAUGCAGCUGCCGCUGCCGACAAGGACAAGGACAAGGACAAGAGCACCAACGAUGAACUCAAGGCUUGGGAUUCUGAUUUUGUCAAGAUUGACCAAAAUACCCUCUUUGACCUCAUCCUGGCUGCGAACUAUUUGAAUAUCAAGAACUUGUUGGACUUGACUUGCGAAACUGUUGCUGACAUGAUCAAGGGAAAGACACCCGAGGAGAUCCGCAAGACUUUCAACAUCAAGAACGAUUUCACCCCUGAGGAAGAAGAGGAGGUUAGGAGGGAGAACCAGUGGGCAUUCGAGUGAUAGAGAAAUGUUGAUAUUAUGAUAGGAAUGUCGAUAUUAUCCCAGGUUCUGGGUUUUAGUGGUAGGUUUUCCAGUUGGAGAAAGUUCAAACAUUGGCUUUUCUUUUGGUUAUUUUGUUAUAUGCUUUAACUUCUGGAGGAUCUAAUAUGAACCUCUCCCCUUUUAUCAUAAUACAUUUCGUAUUCCCUUUG